UUUUCGCGGGAAAAAAAUCAGAGCAGCUGGCAGCGCAGCGGGCAGUGGUGGCCGUCCGGGCGCUCGGGAUCGCACGCACGUUCGCGCGGGGUCCCAGCCACACACGCGGUUCCUUUGCCAUCCUCAGAAGGGCCGGCGCAAAAUCAGCACCAGCAGGCACCAUGUGGAUCCAGGUUCGCACCAUGGAUGGGAAGGUGGCCCACACUGUGGACUCCUUGUCCAGGCUGACUAAAGUGGAAGAGCUGAGGAAGAAGAUCCAGGAGCUGUUCCAUGUGGAGCCAGGCCUGCAGAGGCUUUUCUACCGGGGCAAGCAGAUGGAGAACGGCCACACGCUGUUUGACUAUGACGUCCGCCUGAACGAUACCAUCCAGCUGCUGGUCCGGCAGAGCCUCGUGCUGCCCGCCCCCAGCAGCGGUGGCACCGGUGGUGGCAGCAAGGAGAGGGACUCUGAGCUCUCCGACACGGACUCUGGCUGCUGCCUGGCCCAGAGCGAGUCUGACAAGUCCUCCAACAGUGGCGAGGCCGCGGCCGAGCCGGAAGGGAAGGCCGACGAGGAUGAGUGGGAUGAGACGGAGCUGGGCCUCUACAAGGCUGGCGAGUACGUGGACGCGAGGGACACGAACAUGGGCGCGUGGUUUGAGGCCAAGGUCAUCAGGGUGACGAGGAAGGUGCCGGCCCAGGACGAGCCCUGCAGCUCCACCUCCAGCCCGAAGCUGGAGGACGAUAUCGUCUAUCACGUGAAAUAUGACGACUACCCGGAGAACGGAGUGGUGCAGAUGAACUCACGGAACGUCCGGGCUCGCGCCCGACACAUCAUCAAAUGGCAGGACCUGGAGGUGGGCCAGAUGGUCAUGGUCAACUACAACCCUGACAACCCCAAGGAUCGCGGCUUCUGGUACGAUGCGGAGAUCCUGCGGAAACGUGAGACCCGGACGGUGCGGGAGCUGCACGCCAACGUCAGGAUCGGGGAUGAUUCUCUCAACGACUGUCGGAUCAUCUUUGUGGACGAGGUUUUCAAGAUUGAGCGCCCUGGCGAGGGGAACCCCAUGGUGGAAAACCCGACAAGAAGGAAGAGCGGGCCCUCCUGCAAGCACUGCAAGGACGACGAGCGGAAGCCGUGCCGCAUGUGCGCCUGCCACCUGUGCGGGGGCAAGCAGGACCCCGACAAGCAGCUGCUGUGCGACGAGUGCGACAUGGCCUUCCACACGUACUGCCUGUGCCCGCCGCUCAGCAGCAUCCCCACCGAGGAGGAGUGGUACUGCCCCGAGUGCCGGAUCGACUCCAGCGAGGUGGUGCAGGCAGGCGAGAAGCUGAAGGAGAGUAAGAAGAAGGCGAAGAUGGCGUCGGCCACGUCGUCCUCUCAGCGGGACUGGGGCAAGGGCAUGGCGUGCGUGGGCCGCACCAAGGAGUGCACCAUCGUGCCGUCCAACCACUUUGGCCCCAUCCCGGGCAUCCCCGUGGGCACCAUGUGGAGGUUCAGAGUCCAGUGGAAGAGUCAGGCGCUGGCUCCAAAGGCGGGAGCGAAGAGGGCCGUCGAGCAGCGGCUGGUCCAGGAGGUGCCACUUAUUUCUCGGUGGUGUUCACAGGUCAGCGAGUCUGGGGUCCAUCGACCUCACGUGGCAGGCAUCCACGGCCGGAGCAAUGAUGGGGCGUACUCCCUGGUCCUGGCUGGAGGGUAUGAGGACGACGUGGACCACGGGAACUCGUUCACGUACACAGGUAGCGGUGGACGAGACCUUUCCGGUAACAAGCGGACUGCAGAGCAGUCUUGUGAUCAGAAACUCACCAACACCAACAGGGCGCUGGCUCUGAACUGCUUUGCCCCCAUCAACGACCUCAAAGGGGCCGAGGCCAAGGACUGGCGGUCGGGAAAGCCGGUCCGGGUGGUGCGGAACGUCAAGGGCCGCAAGCACAGCAAGUACGCCCCCAUCGAGGGCAACCGGUAUGACGGCAUCUACAAGGUGAGUGGGGGCCCCCGUGCCUGCCCCCCGCCCCUGGCCCCCAGGUCACUGACCCCGCGCUUCUUCCCACAGGUCGUGAGGUACUGGCCCGAGAAGGGCAAGUCUGGCUUCCUGGUGUGGCGCUUCCUCCUGCGCAGGGAUGACGUCGAGCCGGGGCCCUGGACCAAGGAGGGGAAGGACCGGAUCAAGAAGCUGGGGCUGACCAUGCAGUACCCGGAAGGCUACCUGGAGGCCCUGGCCAGGAGGGAGAAGGAGAAGGAAAACAGCAAGACGGAAGCCCUGGAGAAGGAGGACGACGGGGAGGAGGACUUCGCGUCCCCCAGGAAGGGCAAGCGGAAAAGCAAGUCGGCUGGAGGCGACGGGUCCUCGCGAGGGGCACCCAAGAAGACCAAGGUGGAGCCCUACAGCCUCACCACCCAGCAGAGCAGCCUCAUCAAGGAGGACAAGAGCAACACGAAGCUGUGGACGGAGAUCCUGAAGUCACUCAAGGACGGGCCGAAAUUCCUAAGCAAAGUGGAGGAGGCGUUCCAGUGCAUUUGUUGCCAGGAGCUGGUGUACCGCCCGGUCACGACCGUGUGCCAACACACCGUGUGCAAGGAUUGCCUGGACAGGUCCUUCCGGGCCCAGGUGUUCAGCUGCCCGGCCUGCCGCUAUGACCUGGGCCGGAGCUACACCAUGCACGUGAACCAGCCACUGCAGGCCGUCCUCAACCAGCUCUUCCCUGGCUACGGGAGCGGACGGUGAUCCUCAAGCACUUCUCGCCGUGUGUUUUUUUUAAAAAAACGUUAUCGGGGGGGGGGUCUGUGGCCCCCAUUUUGUUGUUAGUGAGCUUAACUUAAACAUGUAGUUUUUCCUCCGCUCCCUAAAAAAAAAAAAAAGCCUCGUCUUCCCGGUUUGGGUUUUUUUUUUUUAAUCUAUAAAAUUUUCAGGAAUUUGUAUUAUGGCUCAAAGGAAGGAAGAAAGUCGGACUUCUCCAUGUUUUUAUUUUGGUUUUAAAAAUAAAUAAAUAAAUAAAAAGCCUGCAAUUUAUCAGCAGAAAAAAAAAAAAAACCCAAAAACCAAAAAAAAAAAAAAAAAAAAAUUGUUUUUCUUCUGAGGAUGGAAUUAGAAACAACUUGGCGUGAAGGCCACUGAAAUUCCCAGCAUCAGGUUCUCAGCUGUUCUGGCCGCUGACUCGCAAGACGGCGCCGGGCUGCCUAGAACAAUCUUUUCAAGGUUGGUGGGUCAGGCCCCCAGAGGUGAAAUCCCGCCUGGCGGUGGCCCUGGGUGUGGUGUCGGCCCUGCAUUGCCGGCAGGAAAGUGUUCAAAGGAAAAGCUGUUCAAAGGAAAAGCGAAGAAGUCCCGUUGGGCCCGGUUGAACCCCCCCCCACCGCCUCCAAGCCAUCCCCCACUGGGCUGCUUCUGCGUCCCCACCGGCCACCCGAGCAGAGAGCUGGGGCCACACUGAAGCUACCUCCGCUGGACUCUUCCCCUCCAUGGGGGCCGAUGGGCGGCCCAGCGACGUCCCCUCUGGACGCCACGGAAGCAAACGCCUGGGGCCACGUUCAAGUGCCUUUGGUCCCUCCUUCCUUCUUCAACACGGGGCUCUUUUCUCAGCACUGAAUUGUUGACAGUGCCAACCAGAAUCUCAAACUGUGGUCCUCCAGCGCCUCCCUGGAGACCCCGGGUGAGCGAGUGGGGACGAUGGGACUUUUGUCGAUCCUCGAAGUUGAAUUUUCAACUCGCCAAUUGGGAAUUACAAGAGGGAAACUUUAAAAAAAAAAAAAAAACCUUUCUAAAUGAAAUUUUUUUUUGUAGUUACUGUAUAUGUACCGAGAAAGCUAAUAACUUAGGGUUUGGUUGUGUUUUUUUGGGGGGGGGGAGUUUUGUGUUUUUUGGAAUGAUUUGUUAAUGUUUCUAACUUGACCAAAGUUUGCAGCUUAUACCUCAACAGAACAGGGAUAUUUUAAAUCACAUAACUGCAGACAGACUGGAGCGAUAUUGUUUUAAAAGUUUCUCUUUUUUUCCUUAUUAUUAGGUGGUUAAUGUAUUAGGAAUAAACGACGAAAUCCUGUGUAGGCUUUUUCUAUGAAGUUCAAUAUUCUCUGUCCAGGUUUUAGAUUCUCAGAAUAAAUGCCUUUUACAGAUGAA